AUGAGAAUGAAAGUGGCACAGCUCACUUGGCUGCUCCUAAUGCUCCUUCCUUGCCACCACUUUUUUUUCCCUAUUGUAUGUACUGCAAACCAGAUUGAUAACCUUAACAAGUUGAUUAAGUCCCGGAGAUCAAAAAGUCCUCCGGUUGCACAAUCUUGGGCUGAACUAGCUGUCGGAGAUGAACAUUAUUCUCCGGUGUACAUUGGACCUCAAGAUGGAUUGAGGAAAGCUGACAAGAUUAGAGCUCUACCGGGGCAGCCAGAAGGAGUGGACUUUGAUCAGUAUGGAGGCUAUGUAACUGUGGAUCCAAAAGCAGGAAGAGAACUGUUCUAUUACUUUGUGGAGUCACCACAGAAAUCUUCCAGCAAACCUUUAGUCCUAUGGCUCAAUGGAGGACCAGGAUGCUCAUCACUUGGCUAUGGAGCAAUGGAAGAAUUGGGACCCUUCAGAGUCAAAAGUGAUGGAAAGACACUCUUCAGAAACGACUAUGCAUGGAACAAUGUGGCAAAUGUGCUAUUCCUGGAAUCCCCUGCUGGAGUCGGGUUUUCAUAUUCAAAUACAUCCUCUGACUAUGACAAUGCUGGUGAUAAGAGCACCGCCAACGACUCGUAUACAUUUCUACUAAACUGGCUUGAGAGGUUCCCCAAAUACAAAACCAGAGAUUUCUUCAUAACCGGAGAGAGCUAUGCUGGUCACUAUGUGCCUCAGCUUGCUUACACCAUCCUGUCAAGGAACAAGAACACAAACCAAACAAAAAUUAAUCUAAAGGGCAUUGCAAUUGGGAAUGCUUGGCUCGAUGAUAAUACCAACAACAAGGGGCAGUUUGACUUUUACUGGACACAUGGUUUGAACUCUGAUGAAGCCAAUGCAGGAAUAAACAAGUACUGUGACUUUCUCACUGGUCCUUCAGACACUUGUACCAAAUAUCAAGAUCAGGCAUAUGAUGAGCUUGGAAACAUUGAUGUUUACAACAUCUAUGCCCCACUUUGCCAAUCAAAUGCAAUGAAGACUGCUUCCACUGGUUUUAUCAAUAACUUUGAUCCCUGCACCGACAACUAUGUCAACUCCUACCUGAAUUUAGCUGAGGUGCAGAAAGCUUUUCAUGCCAGGAAUACGUCAUGGUCAGCUUGCAACGACUUAGGAUGGGCAGACGCCCCUACAACCAUUCUACCCACAAUCAAGCAGCUCAUAGCAAGUGGCACUAGAAUAUGGUUAUAUAGUGGUGACAUUGACGGUCGGUGUCCAGUAACCGCCACUAGGUAUGCAGUAAACAGCUUGAAGCUUCCUGUGACCACGGAUUACCGGCCAUGGUAUUAUGACAACGAGGUUGGCGGGUUCGUGGUUGAAUAUCAGGGACUGGCCUUAGCCACAGUAAGAGGUGCAGGGCAUGAAGUUCCAAGCUACCAACCAGAACGAGCACUGGCAUUGAUCUCAUCUUUCCUUCAGGGAAAACUUCCUCCAUCAAAUUGAAUAAAUUUUCUUAACCUGAUUCAGCAGGUUAAUACUUCUCUCUAUGUAAUGCCCUGUGAAGUCCUAGAAAAGAUGAAAUUAUGUAAAUGAAAAUAAGGCAUCUAACCUGAGCCUGUUGUGUUGUU